AUGGCAGUCAGAAGGGGACACAUCAGAUACCUCAAAGUGAGUGGCUCUAUCAAGUGUUUUGAAGUCAUUUUGUAGUUUGCUAUAUAUUGUGCUGUUGCACAGAUGGUUUGGCCUCAAUUGUAUUAUUGUGAAAUGGACAAGAACUGGGGGGAAAUGAGUUGAAUAGUGUCACACGCUCAGUUGUCUUCAUCAAAGGCUUGUGAAAUAACCAGUGUUACUCUUGCAGGUGUGUGAGGUGCAGAGUUGUCAGGGUGACAAUAGGGAAUCGCAACAGCAUGGCAGUAAGAGUUCAAUUAACAUGAAGGUAAAUCCACAGAUUAACUUUGGCUGUAUUUUGAGAAAGCAUUCUGUUUUGCAUGUCUGUUCUUUUGGGACACGGGCAGCAUUAUCUUAGAACAAAACCAGUUAACUGUCAUCUUUCAUAAAGCUCUAGAUGGAUUCAGAACGGUUUACUUACCCCCCAUCCCAUUUUCUUGAAAUUAUAGCAAGAAGCUUAUGAUAACGGUUACGACGAACACAUGGAAGAUGAGCCCAAAGAUGCCAAAACCAACCUUAUCGUCAAUUACCUGCCCCAAAACAUGAGUCAGGACGAGUUGCGGAGUCUCUUCAGCAGCAUUGGCGAGGUGGAGUCUGCCAAACUCAUCCGCGAUAAAGUGGCAGGUAAUCCCUAUCACAAAAACCAGAGUGAGUCCAAACCCCUUUUCUUUUGAGCUCGGUUCGCUUACUUUAAUCACUGUCCACGAGGAGAAACGUGGCCCCGGCCUUCUCAGUGUUUGUCUGCACAUGUGCUCUUUUGUUUUCCACUACAAAAGUCUGUUUGUGACAUCAAAUAUUUUUUUUGCUUUACCAAUAUUUUCUGUGUGAUUACUAAUCUGUAAAUUCAAUGCAGUAUUUGCUGGUUACCGCAAUUGUCUUUUACUUUGUAUGCAACUCCUGUGUGCCCCAAAAAAUGCGUAUAAAAAUGUAUUUAGAUGCUAAGAGUAUUUUUGUGUGUUGCAGACUCUGAUUAGUGUUGGGAUCAGAGAUUUACUUUUUUAUUUGGGAUUUUGUUCAACUCCUGUUUUUCUGUGCUAUACACCUUGUUAAAUCUGUUCUUGACACUUUACUUUAGUGUCUUUUUUUUUAGUGGUGGUCUUUGGAGAUGUUUUCUUAUUUCAUUGGCAUUGGUGAUAACCCCAUAUGUAGGCCCAAUCUUAAAAUGCAUUUCUUUGUGGACAUAUAUAAUGGAAUUUUAUUUAGUUCUCUUGUCUUUUAGUUUCACAUUUUAAAUAUUUAUUGGAAAGAGCAGCACAUUUUUUUUCUCCCAAUGUAGUGUUAGUUAUUUUUGUUUGCUAGAAUGCCAAUGUUUUAAUAUCCAUUGUUAUUGUAAGAGGCUGUUACUCCCUUCUCUUUUUAAACAUUUUUCAUUUACAAUUUUUCAAUGUGGGCCAGUUUUUUUUCUUGAACCAUAUUUAGCAGGAAAUGUUUUCCUUUGCAAAUGUUUUUGCCAAAAUGCAUGCAUUGUACCAAUAUCUCCCGUGGAAGACUGGUAUCCAAUCUGUAGAAAUGGACACACUUUUGUUAUUUUAUUUUGUUGUUUUUCCUUUUUUUUCUCUAGGCCACAGUUUAGGGUACGGAUUUGUUAACUAUGUUAACGCUAGUGAUGCAGAAAGGGCUAUCAAUACCCUCAAUGGGCUGAGACUACAGUCUAAAACUAUCAAGGUAACGUGCAAUAAGGUGUUUUUUGUUUUCAUGUUUCAACUGAUAGAUGUGAUAUGUUCCUCAAGUAGUCCCUGGGCAGUUGAGGGCGAGCCCUCCUGCAAAGUGUCUAUUUGCGAAAGGAUAUGAAGGUAUUUGGGUAACAUGUUUACUUAAACAAUCAUGUAAUUAACCUUUUUGUUCUAUAAUUUAUAGUUUUUGGCAAGAUUGAUUGAAGCAAUUGGCCUGUGCGGGUAACCUGACAUGGUUGUAUUUUCGGCACAUAUUUAUACUGAAGCGUAUAUUCAUCUUGUUCAGACUACGUUUUUUAUUUUUUAUUUAACACCACUGGUUAUUGCUUGAGUGUGACGUUGUGCCGAAUCAAAGCCCUGCAGAAUUUCGCAAUUACAUUUAUUUUACUUUUAUAGCUUUUUUUACUUUUUAAACAGACCGUACCUAAAAUUAGGUUUGUUUAUUUUAUUACUUAGGUAACUGCUCAGCAAUGUGUCUGAAUGAUCAGGAUUUGAAUCUUUUUUUGUACAUUUAUUUUGCUUUAGAGAUUUUUUUAAAUUUCAAUAUGAUACAUUUGGGAAUUUUGAAUCUGAUUUUAUUUUUCAAGUGUGUUGUCAAUUUAAUUCCAAAGUAUUAUUUUAUUUUUGAAUAAUUGUUUUUCCUAUAAAUUGCACUCAAAAUGGAAACUGACCUGCCGUCUCCUCAUCAGGUGUCCUUUGCCAGGCCAAGCUCUGACGGUAUUAAGGAUGCCAAUCUUUACAUUAGUGGGCUGCCCAAGACCAUGACACAGAAAGACGUGGAGGAUAUGUUCACACGCUAUGGCCGCAUCAUCAACUCUCGUGUAUUGGUCGAUCAGGCCUCAGGUAGGUAGGCAGGCACAGCCUGAAUGAGAAAUAUUUAUGCAGAAUCAAUUAAAUGAGCACCAAGGAUACCACUCUGAGACUUUAACAUCUCCAAAUCCAAACUAUUUGGGCAUUUUUUAAACACUUGUAUUUAUUGUAUUUUACCCCCCUUUUAUCCCCAAUUUCGAUCUUGUCUCAUCGCUGCAACUCCCCAACGGGCUCGGGAGGCGAAGGUCGAGUCAUGCGUCCUCCGAAACAUGACCUGCCAAACUGCGCUUCUUAACACCCGCCCACUUAACCCGGAAGCCAGCCGCACCAAUGUGUCGGAGGAAACACUUGUUCACCUGACGAUUGAGGUCAGCCUGCAGGUGCCCGUCCCGCCACAAGGAGUCGCUAGAGUGCAAUGAGCCAAGUAAAGCCCCCCACCGGCCGAACCGUCGCCUAACCCGGACGCCGCUGGGCCAAUUGUGCGCCGCCCUAUGGGACUCCCGAUCACGGCCUAUUGUGAUACAUCCCGGGAUCGAACCCGGGUCUGUAGUGACGCCUCUAGCACUGCUGCGCCACUUGGGAGGCCCUUGGGUGAACAUUUUCAAUAGACUUCAGAUCUGUGUAAGAGCAUCUUCAGCCUAUUCCAUUAAUGACUUCUCCAUUUCAUCCCCUUGCUUCUCAGGCCUGUCCAGGGGUGUGGCCUUUAUCCGCUUUGACAAACGGGCCGAGGCGGAGGACGCCAUCAAAGACCUGAACGGCCAGAAACCCCCUGGUGCAUCGGAGCCCAUCACAGUGAAGUUCGCUGCCAGCCCCAACCAGGCCAAGAACUCCCAGCUCAUCAACCAGCUCUACCACAACCAGGGCCGGCGCUUUGGAGGUCCAGUACACCACCAGGCCCAGAGAUUCAGGUAUGGUUGACUGCUCUACACACACAAUCCAUGUCGUUGCAGAGCGCUUAAAAGUUUCUUAUUUUGGUUAUUAAAAAACGGACUUGUGUCAGUUUAAUUACUUGAAUUUCAUGUUUUUGUGAGCCCAACUUGCUGUUUCUCUAGAGGACUCAAAUAAUUCACACGAGAAAUCAAUAACUGGGACGCUGGGCUGAAGGGAGUUGUAGUUUUCAUUAAGCAAAUAUUCAACCUAGUUCAGUGCAGAAACGUGGUAAUUAACUACAUUGACCAUAAUCCAUUGCACCUGUAUUUUCAGCACAGGCAGAGAUGGAUACACUUUUAUGCCUGCUACAUUAGAUUAGAUGCACACAGAGAGCAUAGACUGCAUUAGAAAGGAAUGUACACAACGACGUUCGUGAAAUAUGCCAUAUCUUUGAAGAGUUAGCAAAAUGAUUUUGUCAGGCAGCUCUGCAGCUAGCCUUACUAAAUAGGAUUUAUGGGGAGUACAGAGAUAAUGUUGUUUGGUACUGCGUGAGCGUGAAAGACACAACUGAAAUAUUGUAUUUCAUAAUAAUUUCCUAUUUUUCUAUUUAAGUCUAGCCUACACAAUGUGGACCUGACAGACAAUGGAAUAUUUUAAAUGCUUUGGUAAUUCAAUGUUCACUAUUUUGGGUUUUACAUUAAGCUAAAAGCACUAAUCGCUCAUCACUAGUGCCCGGUUGUUAAAGAAGGAUAUUUUUGUGAAUCCGGGGAGUCAAGACUAGAAUCCCAGAGACCUAGAUCCCUGAAUUGGUCAGCAGGCCUGCACCUUAUGUUUUUGGGUUAUUUUAAAUGGGCAUCUAUGGAGUAGUAAGAACCCUGGUUCUGUGCCACUGGCAGGUUCUCUCCGAUGAGUGUGGACCACAUGAGCGGCAUGUCUACGGUUAGCGCUCAGGGGAACUCCACGGCUGGCUGGUGUAUCUUCAUCUACAACCUGGGCCAGGAUGCUGACGAGGGCAUCCUGUGGCAGAUGUUCGGGCCGUUCGGAGCCGUCACCAACGUCAAGGUCAUCCGAGACUUCAACACCAACAAGUGCAAAGGCUUCGGCUUCGUCACCAUGACCAACUACGAGGAGGCCGCCAUGGCCAUCGCCAGCCUCAACGGUUACCGCAUUGGAGACAAGAUCCUGCAGGUUUCCUUCAAAACCAGCAAGGGGGGUCACAAGUAA